AUGAGAGGUGAGAGCAAAGACCUGUUGUUCAUCUUAACGUCCAAGUAUAACGCUUGUAUAUUGGAGUACAAACAGAAUGGAGAAAGCAUUGACAUAAUCACACGCGCCCACGGGAAUGUACAGGAUCGUAUUGGUCGUCCCUCAGAGACGGGCAUCAUUGGGAUUGUGGACCCUGAGUGCAGGAUGAUCGGUCUGCGUCUGUAUGAUGGCCUGUUUAAAGUCAUUCCUCUGGAUCGGGACAACAGAGAACUCAAAGCCUUCAACAUCAGGCUGGAGGAGCUACAGGUGAUCGAUGUGCACUUCCUGUACGGAUGCCCCGCCCCCACUGUCUGCUUCAUCUACCAGGAUCCACAGGGACGCCACGUCAAAACCUACGAGGUCUCACUGAGGGAGAAAGAGUUCAACAAAGGACCUUGGAAACAGGAGAAUGUUGAGGCCGAGGCUUCUAUGGUCAUCCCAGUGCCAGAACCAUUUGGAGGCGCUAUAAUCAUAGGACAAGAGUCUAUCACUUACCACAAUGGAGACAAGUACUUGGCCAUUGCUCCACCCACCAUCAAGCAAAGCACCAUCGUGUGUCACAACCGCGUAGAUCCCAACGGCUCGCGCUACCUACUGGGGGACAUGGAGGGCCGGCUCUUCAUGCUGCUGCUGGAGAAGGAGGAGCUGAUGGACGGCACCGUGGCUCUCAAAGACCUGCACGUGGAGCUGCUCGGAGAGACGUCUAUUGCUGAGUGUCUGACCUACCUGGACAACGGGGUGGUGUUUGUCGGCUCCAGACUGGGCGACUCUCAGUUAGUCAAGCUGAACGUGGACAGUAAUGACCAGGGUUCGUUUGUGACCGUCAUGGAGACCUUCACCAACCUGGGGCCCAUCGUGGAUAUGUGUGUGGUGGACCUGGAGAGACAAGGCCAGGGACAGUUGGUGACGUGCUCCGGCGCAUUCAAAGAGGGCUCUCUUCGCAUCAUCCGCAAUGGCAUUGGGAUUCACGAACACGCUAGCAUUGACCUGCCUGGAAUUAAAGGUCUGUGGCCGCUGCGCUCAGAGGCAGGCAGGGAGACAGACGACAUGCUGGUGCUGUCCUUCGUGGGCCAGACGCGAGUCCUGAUGCUGAGUGGAGAAGAGGUAGAGGAGACCGAGCUGCCGGGCUUCGUGGACAACCAGCAGACCUUUUACUGCGGCAAUGUGGCGCACCAGCAACUCAUUCAGAUAACAUCUGGCUCAGUGCGGCUGGUACUCCAAGACAGUAAGGCCCUCGUGAGUGAGUGGAAGGAGCCCCAGGGGAGGAACAUCAGCGUGGCCGCCUGUAACCACACCCAGGUGGUGCUCGCUGUGGGGCGGGCGCUCUACUACCUGCAGAUCCUGGCUGGGGAACUUAAACAGAUCAGCACCACCGAGAUGGAACACGAGGUGGCCUGCCUAGACAUCACUCCUCUGGGGGAGCCGGGCGGUGAGUCCCCCCUGUGCGCCGUGGGACUAUGGACGGACAUAUCUGCACGUGUCCUCAAGCUGCCCUGCUUCACAGCCUUACACAAGGAGAUGUUGGGAGGAGAGAUCAUCCCCCGCUCCAUCCUCAUGACUACGUUCGAGGGCAGCUACUACCUGCUGUGUGCGCUGGGAGACGGAGCACUCUUCUACUUUGGACUGGACCUCACCACUGGGGCCCUCAGUGAGCGCAAGAAGGUGACACUGGGCACCCAGCCCACUGUGCUCAGGACUUUCAGAUCCCUGUCCACCUCCAAUGUGUUUGCCUGCUCUGACCGACCCACAGUCAUCUACUCCUCCAAUCACAAGCUGGUCUUCUCCAAUGUCAACCUGAAAGAGGUCAACUACAUGUGCCCCCUCAACUCUGAGGGCUAUCCUGACAGUCUGGCUCUGGCUAACAACAGCACCCUGACCAUUGGCACCAUAGAUGAGAUCCAGAAGCUGCACAUCCGCACAGUACCUCUGUACGAAUCUCCCAGGCGGAUCUGUUACCAGGAGGUGUCUCAGUGUUUCGGAGUGCUGUCCAGCCGUGUGGAGAUCCAGGAUGUGAGUGGAACCACAUCUGCUGUGAGGCCCAGUGCAAGCACCCAGGCCCUCUCCAGCAGCGUCAGCUCCAGUAAGUUGUUCCCCAGCAGCACCUCUCCCCACGAGACGUCCUUCGGAGAGGAGGUGGAGGUGCACAGCCUGCUGGUGGUCGACCAGCACACCUUUGAAGUUCUCCAUGCACAUCAGUUCCUGCCCAGUGAGUACGCCUUGAGCAUGGUGUCGUGUCGCCUGGGGAAGGACCCGGCCGUGUACUUCAUCGUGGGCACGGCCAUGGUGUACCCGGAGGAGGCCGAGCCCAAGCAGGGACGCAUCAUCGUCUUCCACUACACAGACGGUAAGCUGCAGACGGUUGCAGAGAAGGAGGUGAAGGGGGCGGUCUAUUCCAUGGUGGAGUUCAAUGGCAAACUGCUGGCCAGUAUCAAUAGCACGGUACGGCUGUACGAGUGGACCGCAGAGAAGGAGCUAAGGACCGAAUGCAACCACUACAACAACAUCAUGGCCCUGUACCUGAAGACCAAAGGAGACUUCAUCCUGGUGGGAGAUCUGAUGAGGUCGGUGCUGCUGCUGGCCUACAAACCCAUGGAGGGCAACUUUGAGGAGAUUGCCCGCGACUUCAACCCGAACUGGAUGAGUGCCGUGGAAAUCCUGGACGAUGACAACUUCCUUGGAGCAGAGAAUGCCUUCAACCUGUUUGUGUGCCAGAAGGACAGUGCGGCCACCACAGACGAGGAAAGGCAGCACCUACAGGAGGUCGGGGUCUUCCACUUGGGCGAGUUUGUGAAUGUGUUCUGUCACGGCUCGCUGGUGCUGCAGAACCUGGGCGAGAGCUCCACCCCCACUCAGGGCUCCGUUCUCUUUGGGACAGUCAACGGCAUGAUCGGCCUGGUGACGUCUUUAUCCGAGGGCUGGUACAGUCUGCUGCUUGACCUGCAAAACCGCCUCAACAAAGUUAUAAAGAGCGUGGGCAAAAUCGAACACAGCUUCUGGAGGUCUUUCCACACGGAGAGGAAGACGGAGCAGGCCACAGGCUUCAUCGACGGAGACCUCAUUGAGAGCUUCCUGGACCUGGGCCGCGCCAAGAUGCAGGAGGUGGUCAGCACGCUACAGAUUGACGACGGCAGCGGGAUGAAGCGUGAAGCCACGGUGGACGAGGUCAUCAAGAUCGUGGAGGAGCUGACCAGGAUCCACUAGCCCCGCCCCCUCCGAACCAACCAAUCACAGCCCUCCCCCACCCGCCUUCUGCUUCCUCCUCCUCCCCCACCCACCCCCCUCACGCCUUCCUGACAGACUAUGACGAUGAAUGGGCUACACCUGAUGAACUGUAAAUAAUAAAUAAAAUACAAAAUGACACGACCGUCCUUCUGGCUCCAGUGAUCGUGUCGAUUGUGGCUACGUUUUAAAAUUUGAAAAUUGUCAGAUGGAGCGCAGAGGUGAUAUGGGUGAGGUAUUGUUUUUUAAAGAAAUGUCAACAAAUUCACAAAUGUUGAACCUGGUUGUAGUUUUUAGGGUUUACAAACUGGCUAUACAAAGCUUGCUAUAGAGUUGUUAAGUGUGAUGUCAAUUGUGGGUCCAAGACGGGCAGAAUUGCGGCAAAAAAAACAAAACAAAGCUAGAACAGCUGUUAAGUUUCUGAUUGGACCCAGAGGUGACAUUAUCACUUAACAACAAAUCUUGUGACUGGAGGCAUCUGCUAGAAUUCAUAACAGUUUGAUUGAAAAAUACAACUUUUGGAAGAAAUUGGAAAAUAAAUUGUAAUUUUGUAGAGCACUUGAACUUUUUUUUAUUUAAUUUUUGUUAUCAACCAAGUCAAAACAUCUGCAAGUUCACAUCCAGUAGAAUUUGCUUUUAAAAUUUAAUGUUACUAAUGUUUUGACCGAUAUCUCUUGGUUUGUUUUUUUUCAGUGACACAUGUGAAAUGAUCAUUUAUAAAUUAAAUCAAAUUUAUCUCACCUCAGAUUAACAGUUUAGUUUCCUUUCAUUGAUUCUGCAGAAAUGUUUUGUUACGAUACGGAUGAACCAAGGAUGUCCCUGAUUGGCUAAUCCACCUGUCAAUCAUGCCUAUUUGAAAACGGGGACUAGACUCGCAUCUUCGUUAAGUAUUGAAGUGUGUAUUCUGGAUCCCAGGCAACCAUAUCUCUAUAAUAACUGGGCCUAUCCGCUUGAAACAAAAACACAAAGUUUGGCACAAAGUUUAAUGUCUUUCAUCAUCAUUUAAUCAAAUAGGCAUGAUUGGUGUGAGCUGUAACAACCAACCUUAACUUAAAAACAAUAAAUUACCCAUAGAACAAUACUGGCCUGUGCCCUCCAUGUGAAAUUUGAAAAUUGUUGAAAAUGAACACAACCUAUUGCUGAGACCCAGAGGUUUUCUGAGCUGCGGGGCAUGGUCUCCUAGCCUCUUGAUUGGACUGCUAAAGACCAAACUUCCGGUCUAAGUGUGCGUGUGGAAUAAUGUCGGAAUAAUAUUUGUCCACCUGUACAAGCCCAUCUGUGAGCGUUCCAACCAGUUUCUAGGGAGAGAUUUUCCAGAUCUGUCUGGAGAAAUGUGAAAAGUUUGAAAAUGAGGAUGAAAAAAACAAAACAGAUUUAUAGCUAUUUUGUCUUUGUGAUGUUUUCUGUUUAUUUGAAUAAACUGCUUUAGUACUGUUA